UCCCCACCUUUUUUUCGUUGUUCGGCAGCUGCAAACUGGAAAGUCCCUGACAGCCAGGGAGGCUUCAGACAGGAAGACUGCGAUGAGGUUUGUCCAUCCACAUGAAGGAUAUUAAUAUUGUCUUUGUUUCGCUACCUCUGCGGAUAAAAAAAAAAUCUGUGUGGUUGUGAUUUCUUUUCGAGUAACGUUAGAUGCUCUUUUACGAGUGCUAUCUUAUAUCUCUGUGCAAGCUAGUUCUUUGUGUGGCUAACGUUAGCUGCUAGCUGAGGGAUGUUUUGUUGUUGUUAAAGCCCUCCCGUCGUCUGGGAGAGGAGACUCAUCAGCUGUGCAUGGAGAAACGCCUUCUCUUCUGCUGACAUUACGUUAUCUGUGAAAUUGGCCCGUGAAAUCCCGCUGAGUAGCGUUAGUAAAGCGACACCGAGAUAGGGGAGAGUUUGACCGAAGGAAGGAGAUGGGAAACUGUCUGAAGUCCCCAACCUCGGAUGAUAUUUCUUUGCUACAUGAAUCUCAGUCGGACCGUGCCAGCUACGGAGACGGUGCUGACCCCGACUUGGAGCCACCGCCCCCCUAUCAGGAGCAGAUCCAUGUGCCUAUCUACCACCCAACACCCAGCCAAGCACGACUGGCCACUCAGCUGACCGAGGAGGAGCAGGUUCGCAUCGCACAGCGAAUCGGACUCAUCCAACACCUCCCAAAAGGCGUGUACGACCCAGGGCGCGAUGGCUCUGAGAAGAAGAUCAGAGAGUGCGUCAUCUGUAUGAUGGACUUUGUGUACGGAGACCCCAUUCGGUUCCUACCCUGCAUGCACAUCUAUCACAUGGACUGUAUAGAUGACUGGCUGAUGAGAUCCUUCACCUGCCCCUCCUGCAUGGAGCCUGUGGACGCCGCGCUGCUUUCUUCCUACGAGACCAACUGACACACACACACACACACACACACACACACACACACACACACACACACACACACACACACACACACACACACACGAGUUAGCCUGCUGGACAGGAUUAGAGGAAUGAACAGAGUGUUAGUGUUAAGGAUGAGCAGGUAGGAGCUGGAUCGAGGAGAGAAGUAAAAGACCGGAACAGAAAAUGAGGGUUAUGAGGGUACAAGUGUCAAGGGGAGGGGAUGAUGGUUAACUGGUAUGAUUAUGACAUUUCCAAGAUCUGCUUUUAUAUGCGUGAAUACACAAACAACCGUUCCCAUUCACACCAUACAGGAGGAAGGUAAUGUGACCACCAUCAUCAGGCUGCAGAUUGUGCUUGAUGGACUGCUGAAGCCUGAUUGCUAUAAUGUCACACUGCAAGACAAGAGGAAAGAAACGCCCUUCAGAAGAUCUGCCAGAUUCUUUGACAUGUCUACAAAGGGUAUGACUCCACACACACACUGUUGCAGAGUCAUAUCUGCUUGCAAAAACUGCUACCGAUGCAGAUGUGUGAUUUAAGGACUGCUGGAACUGCACGUCCGACUUGAGACUAAGGACAUCAGAUAUAUUCUGCAGACACACCACAGGCCUUCACUGGACCACGGCACCCAGGCCCGUAGUUGUCUGUCUGUAAAGACCUUUUAUGAGAAAAAUAAGAUUGGUCGUUGGAUGGAUUGAUCGUCCCGUAGCUUUGUGAAAUCUGUUCUGUGUUUGUUUUUGUCAGUCAGCAUAAGGGCUUCGUCGAACCAGUAUAACACAGAUAUGACAGGAAAUACAGUAUGUGCUUUUGUCACUAAUGUGAUCAAUAGAUGGGUCGACUGUUGCUUUCAAGCUAUCGACUCCUCAUGACUUUCUCAGUCACAGUGAGAUCUCAGAUUAUUGGCCAAAGCACUAGUAGACCAGUUAACAAACCAUUGAUACAAAUCAGUGGUAUUUGCACUUCUUAUAUUAGACUUAUGACAAAAGUUGACCAUAUGCAUUUAGUAAUUAUGUCAAAGUGAAGUAUGUGAUUUCAAGGACAGAAUUAAAAACAUACACAAGG